AUGAGAUUGUUUAAUUAGCAUUUCUUGAGAAGAGAAUAAGAUCAUUACUAGAACUAUGGAAUUGUAAAAGAUGGAAAGAACAUCUCUUGGGUUGCUAUCACUGGAGGCUCUGAUGGAAUAGGUCUCGCUUUUUGCCAUCACUUGGCAAAAUAAGGCUUUAAUAUUCUAAUGAUCGGAAGAAGUGAAUCUAAGAUGACUGAAAAACUAAAUGAACUUAAGAAGUAGUACUAGAAGAUUGAUACAUAUUACAUAUUAGCAGAUUUUUCAAAAUUGUCUCAUUACAAUGAUUAUGAGAGAAUUGCCUAGAGGUUAAAGCAAUAUGAUGUUGCUAUGCUUUUGCUUAAUGCUGGAUACGGAAAGCCAGAGAGAUUUGAUGCAAAAGAAAAUAUCGAAGUUGAAGAGGCAGUAAACUUGAAUGCCCUUCAUUGCAUAUAUAUGACUAAGGCAAUGCUACCUUAAAUUUAAAAUAGAGAUAAGAAGAGUGCAUUACUUUAUACAUCAAGUUCAUUAGGAGUAUUAUACUCGCCUGGCAACAUUGACUAUUGUUUUUCCAAAAGAUUAACCUCUUUCUUGGCCAGGGGCAUUCAUUAUGAACUCAGUUAAACUAAUAAAGUCGAUGUGAUGACUUUUGAACCAUUUGGUGUCUCAAGCAAUUUGGUUAAAACGAAGCCAAAUUCUUUAAUUAAUUCCUCUGAGUAUGCAUCUGCCUGUGCCCUAAGAGAUCUUGGAAAAGAAAUAUCAACAUUCGGUUCGAUUUCUCAUUACUUCUAGUAUUGGCUUUUGAUUGCAAUUGGAGAGACAAGAAGAAACAAGAUGUUUUAUAAUUUUUACACAAAGUAAUUUAAAAAGGAAUAUGGUCAAGAGAGUAGCUCAGAUUUAAGCAAAAAUAACAAAAAUUGA